AUGUCAAAACAUCUUCUCCCUGAGCAGCAGGAGUGGACCUGCGGGAUGGAGCAGGGAAAACCACAGCACCCCCACUUUAAAGAGGAAGAGGAGUCACAGCCCCCCCACUUUAAAGAGGAAGAGGAGUCACAGCCCCCUCAUAUUAAAGAGGAAGAGGUGGAGAAACAGACCCCUCACAUUAAAGAGGAAGAGGAGGAAUACAGCGUCAGUCAAGAAGGAGAGCAUAAUGAAGGACUGGAGGAGGUUGAUGUCACCAAGAUGCCAUUGACUGAUGUCACUGUGAAGAGUGAAGAUGAGGUCAAAGGUGAAAACUUCCAGCAGCCUCUUCAUGUUAAAGAGGAAGAUCCACUCCCCCCUCAUGUAAAAGAGAAAGAGGAGCCCCCCCACAUUAAAGAGGAAGAGGAGGAGCUCUGGAUCACUCAGGAGGAAGAGUGUCUUCUUGGGCAGGAGGAGGCUGAUCUCACCAAGUUUCACUUGACUGGUGUCUCUGUGAAGACUGAAGACCAUGAAGAGAAACCACCUGAGUCCUCACUGCUUCAUCACAGUCCAACGUCUGUGAGAAACAUUACCCUGAACAGCAGGAGUGGACCUCCAGGACGGGGCAGAAGGAGUCACAGCCCCCCUACAGUGAAAGAGGAACAUGGGGAGCCACAGGAGGGUAAAGAGGAGUUCCCGUUAACUGUUGUCAUUGUGAAGAGUGAGGAUGAUGAGGUUAAAAGUGAAAGUGAGGAGAAGAGAGAGGCGGAGCCUCCAAGCAGCAGCUCAACUCAACACAUGACAACAGAAGACCACUGUGGAGGAUCACAAGCAGACAAGCUCUUAGCUCCUCUAUCAGAUAGUGACGAGACGACAUCACACUCUCCUGACACCGAUGACGAAGACUUUAACGCUGAUACGACAUGUCACGCUGACAACACACACAUUAAAUGUUAUUACUGUGAUAAAACUUUCAGUCACCGCCGUAAUCUGAAAAAACACACCAGAAUACACACCGGCUACAAACCUUACUCCUGUUCAAUCUGCGGUAAAGAUUUUACUCAAAGGCAACAUUUGAAAACGCACAUGAGGACGCACACCGGAGAAAAACCAUUCAUGUGCUCAGUUUGCUGUAAAAGAUUCUCCCUGAAAGAAAAUCUGAAAACGCACAUGAGAAUACACACCGGCGAAAGACGUUUUUCAUGUUCAUUCUGUGGUAAAGCUUUUAUACAAAACAGUGAUUUAAAAAUACACGUGAGAAUACACACCGGCGAAAAACCGUAUUCCUGUCCGAGCUGCAACAAAGGCUUCGCCGACCGGUCGACACUCGUAAGACACGUGCGAACACACACUGAAAAAGUGUUGAGUUGCGGCGUGUGUAGUAAGCGAUUCUCUCGGCAGGAGAAUUUGACAGUGCACGCCAGAAGACACACCGGCGAGAAACCAUAUUCCUGCCCGAGCUGCAACAAAAGCUUCGCCGGGCGAUCGACGCUUAAUAAACACAUGAGAACACACACAGGAGAGAAAGUGUUGAGUUGCAGCGUGUGUGAUGAAAGAUUCUCUUAUAAGUACCAGUGUAAGAAACACAAAUGUGCUGGUGAGACCAGCAGCAAAUGAAGCUGCAGCAUUUUCAUUUAACAUCAGCACAUAUACCGGUAACAUCAUUGUGUAUGCAACACAAUCUUGUUAAUACAUACCUGCCAACUUUUGAAAUCAGAAAAACCUAGUAGCCAGGGUCCAGGGGCCGCAGGCCCCGGUAGGUCCAGGACAAAGUCCUGGUGGGGGGUUCAGGCGACGCAAAAUGAUUGAUUGCAUUCAGACAGGUUAAAAUGUUGCUAAAACCAUCACUUUUCUAUCAGUCACAGUGACUUUUCAAAACAAAAA